AUCACACACACAGUAGACGACCACGUCCGUGACACGGCGGUACUCUGAUCGUGUGCAUUCGACACCGCCACGUCCAAAACUUUCGCCGCCGAUAUAUUGUAACGAUUAUUCGCCAUUCGCUACUACGUAGGCGCUUCUUCCAUAAAAAUUUUAUGUUUUUUACAAUCCGCGUUGGAUUGUACUGUCAAACAUCAAUCACACAUAAAAAUAAAUCAACAGAACAGUAAUGUUUGGGAUUAUAUGGAGGUAUGCCUCAUGGUUGCCCGUGGAUACUGUAUUUAUUUAGAUGGGCUAUAUUAUCUGGUUGUGUAGCCAGACCACUGAGUACUGAUCUCGGGGUAAUUGAUAAAAGAAAAUCAACAAUGAUCGAAGAAACUUUAACAUGUUACACUUGUAUUAAUGUUUCGGACAAUUUAACGUGUAACCAAUAUGCUAUCGAUAGGCCUUGUGCACCAGAUUUAGAUUUCUGUCAGACUUUACAUAUAAUGGACUCCACCGGAUCGAGCGUUAUAGUUAACAAAAAAUGUGCAAAUAAAUCAGAAUGUCAUUCAUCCACUGUCGGUUGUCUUCAUAUAGACACUCAAAUGGUUUGCGUUUCCUGUUGCGAUGGAAUGUAUUGUAACAUGACAGUGCCAACAAACCAAACAAAUGCAGUUGUGACUAUAUCACGUAAGGGACACAUGACUUCACCCAAAGAUUCAGAGACAACGGCAAGUGGAGUACCGAAAUAUACAAUUUCUCAUUUAUACAUUAUAUUAAUGCUCUUAAUAUCCUUCCUAUGUUGUUAAUUAGUUUUAAUAAAUUAAUUUUUAAGUUUGCUGUUUUUAAAAAAAUGUAAUUUUAAUAUUUUUAAUUACACAAAGUUAAAUAUAGCUAUUGUACAAGCCUAAGAAUGAACUAUUAGACGAAUUAUACCAUUCAUCUUCUAAAA